AUGGUCACCACAAUGGCAAUGACGAAGACGAAGACGACCACGACGACCACAGUGCCACGGCCUGCGACUGCGGUCGCAUCGCCAACCACACGGCUGGCAUCCUACGGCACGGCCUGGCCUUCUGCUCUACCUCUGACGGCCAUCUCGUUCAACUCUUCUCGCGCUCCGGAACCGGCCAAGAUGAGCAAGGCUCUUAGAAAACAGCGUCACCAAAGCCUGCCCUCGUCGCUACCGCUGCCGCUGCUAUCCUCGGAGUCCUUGGAAUCGUUGAAGUCCGCAGGCACCCAGCUUCCGUCUCCCUCGGCGUCGGUUCGUACCUCCAGGCGCCGUUCUGCCACGCUUCUCAGCCAGCCUGCUGCUCCCUCCAUGUCCAAGAGUCGCUCGGCUGAGCGAACGGGUCACAGCCGCCGGGAACUGAGUCGGGACAACAGCGUGUCCAUCAGCGUCCACCGUCUACGGAGCAACUCGGGACUCGCCUUGCACACAAAUAGUGCCGCCUUGCGGCGCUACAUUGACUACAACCAGGACGGUUCUACCCGGCUGCCGCCCACGGGCGAGGCACAGGACGACGCCCUCCUGCAGAGCAUCGGAGAGGGCAUCUUGAACGGCAGCAGCCGCAGCAAAAGGGACCGGAUCCCCCCUGGAGCCCCUGACGGACCUGGUCUCUUCAGCCGCGAAAUGGUCUUUGCCGUCCUCCAGGACCCAGAGGCCCGCCGUCGGCUGUGGGACUUUGCUCGCAGCCAGAACAACGAGGAGAACCUGGACUUUCUAGAAAAGGUGGAGGAAUACAACAAGGCUGUGCACGGAGUCGUGGCCCUGCUAGCCGACAUCUCCACCAGGUUCACCGGCCUUGCCGCUACCUGCUCUCUCGGCCUUCCCCAGACCCUUGCAAAGCCUCUCACUGCCGACGUCAUGCACCUUUCGCGAUCCAUCUUGCCCGGCCUCGAGAUGCUGUUUGGAGCUGCCGCUGCCCACAUCGAGGAGCGCAUCAUUCGCGACAUCUACCCGGCUUUUAUCAAGCACCAACUGGACCUCCGCAUGAAGGCAUCGCUGGGCGCCCCCUCUGCUCGCGCGGCACAGGCCCCCUUCCGCUUCACUGGACUCGGUCACGCGUUCUGUCUGACCGACCCCUACCGCCCUGACAAUCCGGUGGUGUACGCCUCGGACAGCUUUGCUCACAUCAUCGGCUAUCCCAAGGCUGAAGACAUCCCUCGCAGCGGCCGCUGUCUCAGCAGCCCCAAGAUGAGGGCGCAACAGGCCAAGGGAGACGAAUUCACGCAGGACAUUGUUUUAAAUCGCCGCUGGUGGGACAAGCAGCCUUAUUGGAGCCAUGUGUCGAUGUGCCCGUUGCUCUCGUCCCGAGGCCAUAUACGCUUUUCCCUCGUUGGGCUGGUUGAUGUCUCGGAUGUGAUCAAAUCAAAAGACGGGAUUUUGGAUGCCCUGAAGUGCGACGGCCCGGCCUGCCUUUUGCCGAAGAAAGGCGUCGAUGGCUCUGAGAAGGCAGGCAACAGCUUACGCCGUAAGAAGGAGCGGCCUUCAUCUCUUAUACUGGAGAAUCCCAGCAACAGCAACCAAAGCAACAGUCCACAAAAGUCGCCAAAAUCUGCGACUUCCUCUUCGACCAAAUCGUUGUUCAACCCUUUCUCUCGAAUGCGGCGCUCUCCAGCAAAUAUCGCGUCUCCCGAGGACCGGUCUCCUACGACGGACGAGAUAAAAAACAAGCCCAAGUCGCCUGAACCAGUCUUGGGACUGUCAAAAGCCAGAACGCCCUCGCCCACCGGCGAAUGUGCUGACAGCAGCCUUCCCAUGUACUCUCGGUUCAUGCUUCUACAAUUCAUGCCUAAAUCGAGCAGAGCGCAUGACAAGGCGGCUCCACCGUCCAUUCCGAAGCAAAGCGGCCGUCACAACAGCUCGGCACAGUCGUCGACAGUGCCACCGCCCGCAAUUCCAACAGAUAGCUCGCGAUUCAAGAUCGCAUUCUGCUCGCACUCUAUGCUGGAGCUGCUCGGACUGGGAGACGCAGGCCAAGAUGCGGUGCUGUACCAUGACGUCUUUGACGUGCUCUUGGAACUUGCUGGUUCAAAUUCUGUUACACCACUCUUCCGUGCGGCUGUGCAGCAACGGAUUGCGGCUGCCGAGCCGGCCAGCCUGGAGCUGUCCAUACCGGCGGGUGGAGCACCGGCGCCGGGCGCGGUCUCUGCUGGCCUCGGCGCUGGCCUUGCGUCGCCCACCGGCAGUCCUGUUGAUGGAGAGGACAGUCUGACAGAUAGCACCUCGCGUCGGGCCAGGCUGUUCUCGUUCAGUCGAUCCAAGAAACACAGCAGCGAGCGAUCCGUCAGCAACAUUGCAUUUGAACGCAGAGGACACGAUUCAAGCAAGACCCAGAAGCUGAUGAGCCACUGGACUCCACUCAAAGACGCCGAUGGCAAAACUGCUUGGAUUGCCCUUGUUAUCUCUCCACUCAUACCAUCCCGGAACGGGAUGAUCGUGAGUCCGACCCUACGCGACGUGAGUGCAAUCCAUCCGGUCUUCUUCCACACCAGCCGGCCACAAAGCGUUCGGAGGGCUACCUUUGGACAAUUUGGACCUGGCCUUCUUCCAGUUGCUCGUUUUCUCAUUUCCCAUUUCCCUCGCCGUCUGCUCGAACGGCUCUCUGGUGGCACUCUCGCCGUAGGGGACGAUGCCUCUUGGGCGUUUUCCAAGCGGGAUCACCGAUCUGACCAGCAGCCGCAUCAUCGGCUGCCUCCACACCGAGUCUCUACCAUCGCCGCGCCACGCGACGUCAUGACGGACGCGAAUCCCAUCCUGCGCAGUCUGCUGGGCUCGCUGACGACCAUCGACCAGCGGCUGAGCUUUAUCGAGACGGCCUUGCGCAUUCCUCCGGCGCCGCGAGCCGGGCCAAAGCUGCCGGCUGUCAGCAGCAGCGUCAGCGUCAGCGUCAGCGGUCGCGAUCCCGACUGGAGCGCAGCCGGUCAGGUAGCCGGUCGCCGGCCGCUUCCCACAUCUGCGCCGUCGUUCUCGUCACUGUCACUGUCGUCCUCGUCGUCCUCGUCCGCCGCAUCGCCGCCUUCAUCGACACCCAAGCAGCAGGCCACGCAGGCACUUCUAUCGACGAGCUUCAACCGGCUGAAGAGGCCGUCACGAUCGCGAUUGCAGAACAGACGGGUAGCCAAGUACGGAGGCGGCAGCGAUGAGGAAGCGGCCGGUCAGAGAGAUCUCGCCAAGAAAGAAGAGGAGCCUGGCAAGAGAAUCGACAUGGACGGGGCGCACGAGGGAGACAGUCUUCAAUGUGUUGUUGUUGCUGCUGCUGCUGAUGUUGUGUCCGACGGUGCCCUUCUCCCGCGGGAGCUGCGGCCGACCGAGGCCAGCCACAGCCGGCUCGAGGCCCUGCCCGAGGGCUUUCUCGUCACCGGCCGGGCCUCGCUACAGGACGAGCUGGACGGCUGGACCAUCCCGCGCGGCUACAGCAUGCGCAUCAACGGCACGCGGUCGCACGGCCGGCGCCAAAAGAUUCGCAUGGUCUGCUUCCGCGGUGGCCGAUCGCGGCUGCGACCCAAGGACGAAGACCGGGCGGUGAUGGCGGCAACGACGGCAACGACGGCAGCCAGAGGGCCAGACGAUGAUAUGACCAACGAGCACGACAACGAGGCCGACCAGGUCAUGUCGAUGAUCGACGGCCCUGCGCAUGGCCACGGCCACGCAUACGCUCUCCCGUCGACGUCCCGACGGCGCCAGCGCAAGCCCACGACCGACCGCAUCUCCAAGAAGUGCGAGUGUCCCUUUCGGUUCGAGCUCGUCGAGAUCGGCCCUGGCGCCGACCGCUACGCCGUCCACUACACCAACGACGAUCACCGCCGCCACAACCACGCCGCCGCUGACCUGAUGCUGGAUCCGCGCGCCCGCAAGCUGCCGGCCGCGCUCAAGGACGAGGUCGACCAGUGGCUGCGCGGUCCUGGCGGCAAUGCCAGUGCCAGUGCCAGUGCCGACGGCAGCGACGGCCUCGACGGCCCCUGGUCCAUUGCUCGGAUCCAGGCUGAACUGCAGCGACGUGGCUACGGUCACGUGCUCGACUUUGACCUGCGCAACCGCAAGCGCGCGCUGCUGCACAAGGAACGCCUGGCGCAGCUCAAGACCGAAGGCGCCGCCAGCAGCGACAGCAACGCAAGCAGCAGUCCGACCGCCGUCGCCGCCGUCGUCGCUGGAAACACGGCCGAAAACUCGUUGUGA